AUGUCGAGCGCCGUUCUACAACCGUUCGGGCCGCCAAGUAGAUUACCAUUUUCGUCGCCGAAGCUUGCUAAAUCAAGUGGCAAUCGCCUCAGGACAGAGACAGGAAAUCUCGAUGAGGAUCAAGGACGUAUUACGGCGUGUGGCCGUGCAGAUAGGAUAUUCACUGGCUGCUUCGAUCCCGUUUCCUCGCGUUCCCAGAUUAGAAUUUGCUCAAGGACCCCUCAGGUGAAUCUACGAUCUAGCUCUCGAACAGCCUGUGAAGUGCGUUCCUCCGCGCUUCGGGUAGCUAAUCAGCACCCACUUUGGUCCCACUUUUGUCUCCGACGCGACCAUCCGCCACCGAUCCUUGCCUACAAUGUCUAUGCUCUAUGACACUUCACGUCGACCCUUGUGCAUCCGUGGCCUUCUCCCGUUGCUUU